AUGAAAAAAACAUACUUUUGGCUAAUUUACUGUAGAACAAAAAGUGUAUGGAAUAAUGACCUGCCUUUUCAAAAAUGUUAUGCACAAGAUAUUAUAAAUCAUUUUUUAAAUAGUUAUAAUUAUACUAUGAAUAAUAUAAAAAAUAAAAUGGGAUAUUUUUAUUUAUAUAAUUUUUCUUUAAAAAAUAUUCCUUUAUCAUAUUGUGAAAAUGAUAAUAAUAUCCUUUUAAAUAAUGGCAUUUUAGAUAAAAAUACACCAUUGAAUAAAAAUAUGAAAAAUAAGAAAAAUAAUUUUUUUAAAUUACUUGAGUAUGAAUACUUAGCAAUUAAAAUUGUUCUUUAUUAUCUCAAGUGUUCUCUGAGAUUUCUUAUCUUUACCCUAGUUCAUUUUUAUUUGUUUUUUUAUAACUGCUUCAAUAUUGUACUUUAUAUAAUAAGGAAAAGAAUUUUAAACAACAAAAAUAAACAGUUAAACUAUUAUUUUUCUAUUCCAAUUAAUUUAUAUAAUUGCUUUGUAACUAUCUAUAAAAUCUCUAAAAGAAAUAAUUCUUCUGAAUUUAAUUUUAAAAUAGAUGAUUUAGCAUUUCUAGGUUCGGGAUUUAUUUACGAUAAAAGGGGAUAUAUAUUAACAGCUGCACAUAAUAUAACACAUUUAGAAGAAGACACAUUUCUUAUAAAAAAUUGUGAUGAUUUUUAUUUGGCUAAAGUAUCAGGUUUACAUGAUGAAUCAGAUAUAUGCGUUAUGAAAAUAAUUUCAAAAAAAAAAUUUCCUUAUAUACCAUUAGAUACUAAAAGAGAAAAUUUAAAACAAGGAGAACUUGUAAUUACAUUUGGUCAAAUACAGAAUUUUGAUAAAGAAACUUGUAGUAUUGGUAUAGUUAAUCAACCUAAACAGACAUUUUCAAAAUUCACUAGUUUUAAUAAAAACCAACAACCAUGUUUGUAUCCAUUUAUACAAAUAAGCAAUCCUAUUAAUAAUGGUAUGUCUGGUUCACCAUUAAUUGAUCAAUAUGGAAACCUAGUGGGAAUGAUUCAAAAAAAAAUAGAUAAUUAUGGACUAGCAUUACCAGUAAAUAUUUUAAAAAAUAUAACAGAAUAUUUACAAUAUAAAGGAAUAUAUAAAGAACCAUUUUUAGGAAUAAUAUUAAAAGAAAAAGAAUUUACUAUAAAAAACUCCUUAAGUUCGAAAAAAGAAUUAAAAGUACAUGAUAUUUUAAGCAAUUCACCUGCAGACAUUUCGGGUUUAAAAAAGGAAGAUGUUCUUUUAAGCAUUAAUAAUCAAAAUAUAAAGAACAUUUGUGAAGUUCAUGAAAUUCUAAACAGUACAAGCGAUAAAUUCAUAAAUGUGGAAAUUCUUCGUCAAAAUAAAAAAUUAAAAUUCAAAGUAAAAACCCAAAACUAUAUUUGA